AGAAUGUGAAAAUAAGUAUGGAACCAGCUUUGGCGCAUGCGCAGAUUUGUCCACCGCUUUUUUGAAAACAAAAAUAAUUUGAAAUAGCAAAAAUUUGAAGAGAUAAUCGUUUGAGGACACGUGCAAAUUUUUCAUAUUUUAAUCCCACCAGAUGUAAAUCAUGGCAGAUUUGAUGGAUUUCACUGAUUCGGAGAAUAAAGAGAACAGUAUAGUUUCUAUAACUGAUGAGAAUGAUAUACAAGUUGCUCCAGGUCUUGUCCAGUCACCAGUUAUUGUUAAAUCUAUACUGAAGCAGUGCCAGAAGGACAACCUGAUUCAACUUUAUACACCAGUACAGAAACCAGAAAAAGGAAGGCUUAAGGUGCACUUUGGACAUGACAGUUUACUUCAGACGCCAAAUGUCAAGCAGGUGAAAAAAGUUAAAGGAGAUGUUCUGCCUAUAAAAGAGGGUUUAGAAACUAUAUCAAAAGCUGAUAAUGAGAACAUACAAACACAGAAAGUUGAGGCAGACGUGGUACAUACAACAGUCUCGAGUGAAGAUGUUGUUAAAGAUGGUGAGAAACAAGUUGUCGACAAUGCUAGUGUAGAGGUUGCUGAGGAGAUUGUGAGUCAUGUGAUAGAUCAACUUCCUAUCAAAGAUGACAUAGAUUCUAAUGGAAGUGCUGACAGUGGUAUAGAAGAGUGUGCUAUGGAGGUCAGCAUCAGUGAACCUACAACAACUGAGACAUUUGAUGGAUCAUCUGACAUUGAUGAUAUUCUACUUAAAUCUGAAAUGCUGUUGAGAUCGCUGCGAGGAGAAUUAUUUAGUACAGACUCCGCUGCUGAUGAUUCAUCACAGGCUGACAAGACAACGAGUGAAGUUUCUGAUAAGCAAAAUGAGGCAGGAGUUAGUAAUGAGAUACAGACUAAAGAUGAUACUGUGAAAGAAGACAGUGGGACAGGUUCAGAAGCAAGUCAUGGCAAAGAAGCUACUGAUGAUAGUGAUGUUGUAAGUCAGAGAAAUCUUGCUGAUAGUAAUGAAAAAGAAGGUGGUAGACAAAAUGAAAUAAAAUCAGAGGAAAUUAAAGAAACAGAAAAGGAAUCAGAAAUACAUUCUUACACUAAUGAAGAGGAGCCAAUGGAAGUUGGUGAAGCUAUGGAGGUAGAUGACGAUGAUGAUGAUGAAAUUGUUUUCAAUUUUGGAGACAAAGGUAAUGCUGAAAGUAAUGUUGAUACUGAAGAAAAAACUAGCAAAUUGGUUGAGAACACAACUGUGACAAGUGAAACAAAAGAGAAUAGUAUAUCUGAAAACAUGAGUGAAAGUGUUGACAACAUUGAUGAUGCUAAGGUUACAAAGGCAGAUACAGACAAAAUAGAUGGAAAAAUUGAAGACAAAACUGAAAAUAUGCCAAUUCAAGAUAGCAGCGUAAAAGAGGAAUGUGUUGUAUCAGAUAAAGUGGAAAAAGACAAUAAUACUGGAGCAAUAAAUUCAGACGAAGGAGAAUGUUCUGACAAACCAGAAAAAACUGCUAUGACAUUGAAAGAUGAGGAAACAAAAGAUGUCCAGAUACCUGCAGAUACUGAAAAUGCAAAACAAGAUGGCAAAACAGGAAAAGAAGCAAAAAAGAAGGGAGAUGAUAGUUCAGAUGAAGAAUUUAUGUCAGCAGACGAGGAUAUGGAAGUUGAUGAAGCGAAAACACCGUCUAAAUCAACUCUUCCUGAGACACAGAAUCAGCAAGAUAAUAAUAUAGAACCUAAACAGGAUUCGCCCGAGAGAACACCACCAAAAGUUGGAUACAAUCUAAACUUUGAUGAUCUUGAUGCUAUGGAUCCAUUUUCAACAAAGAAAGCUUUAUUAAAUAGUCCAGAUUUAGGUAAGGAAGCAGUGAAAAAGAAGGUGGAAAAGAAAACAGAUGAACAAGAAGACAAAUCUGAUAAUAAAACUGAUGUUAAAAACACUGAGAGUACCGAAAACUUCAAGUCAGCAAACUCAAGCCCUGUUAAAUCUGAACCCACCAAAGCUGAAAUUAUUCUUUCUCCAAAUGCAGUAUUGGUAGAUAAAGUUUGUCAGGACAAAUCAGCUGGUGAUAUAUUUGAGGAGAAGCCAGAUUGCUUACUUCCUGAUGAUGCUAAGCUUCCUAAUGAUGCAGACAUAUUGACUGAGGAGAACAAGUCUAGCUCACACUCAAUUGACAUUGGUCAAGAGCUUGACCCAAAGAAGGAAUUAGAUUUUGACAAUAUGGACCCAUUUAAACCCAAGACGCAGAUUGUAAAUACACCUGAUAAAGCCACGUUAAACAAAAACACCAAUAUAAAAAUGGAAAAUGAAGUACCAGUCACAAAUCCAAUCAUAAAUACACCUGUGAAAACUGAAGUAAAUGAUAAUGUUGUUGACAUCAAACCUGACACUUGUGAAGCAACAACUGAUAAAGAAUUACCAUCAAUGAACAUUGAAAAUACAGAAGAUAAACAAUCUGAAGAACAUCCAGUUACACCACAUAAGGAAAAAAUAGAAGAUAAACAGCCCCCAUCAGCAUCUCCUCAAAUACCAUUAACGACAGGAGCAUACAACUUGGAUGCGCUUGACAUUGAUGAAAUAGAUCCUUUCAAACCAUUGGUGCAGAUGGCAAAUUCACCUUGUGGGAGCAUUAGUGAGACUAAAGCAGCUACAGUUGAUUCGUUUAAACCCAAGAAACAGAUUAUGAAUUCCCCUGUAGUGAAUAAAGAACAUGGUGAAACAAAAAGUGAUGGAAUAGAUCCAUUCAAGCCUAAAACCCAAAUAAUUAAUUCACCAGACUCUAAUAAACAGGUUCCUGUGCUUGCUAACAGUGACAAUAAAGAUGCUGUAACAUCACAACCUGGUCUUGAAGAAAAAAAUCCAGCGUUAGAAGCAAAAAGUAUGGAAACGUUAGAAGAGAUAACAGAUCCUUUUAAAACAGUCUCUCAGGUAGGCAAUUCUCCACUGAAAGAAGAAAACAAACUUAAUAUCUGUGAAACAGAUCCAUUUAAAUCAAAAUCUCAGGUUCAAAAUUCUCCAGUCAAAACUGCAUCUGAUGAUACAUGUAAUAAUAAUGAUAAUGUAGACAUUGUAGAUCCUUUAAAACCACAAAAUCAAAUGCAAAAUUCACCAGUGAAUAAAACAACAGAAUGUAAUAAGAUCUCAGACAAUGUUGAAACUGUUGCAGAAUCUUCAAAUGCAGCAGCAGGGAAAGAAACAGAAAUGGAUUCAGAAAUUUUAGACAUUGAAUUAAUGGAUGAUCCAUUUAAGCCAAAAAAUCAAAUGCAAAAUUCUCCUAUUUUGAAAGACAAGGUUAAUGUGGCAGAAAAAGUCGAGACUGAAAUCUCCGACACUGUAAAAGAUGAGGCUUCAACAAAUAACACAAUAGAUCCAUUUUCCAAUGUGGAUCCAUUUAAAUCAAAGAAGCAGCUUGCAAUGUCUCCUCCAGUGAAGUCUGGCAGUCAGGUAGAUCCAUUUGCUGAUUUGAAUCCAUUUCAAACGAAGAGUACUGUAGUUAAUACACCUGAAAAGCCAGAAACAGAAAGUAUUGAGAAAGGUGUAAAAACUGUGACGAAAAUUGAUCCAUUCAAGAGUAGUGGUGGAAUCUGUAACUCUCCUGCUUUGACGACAAUAGAAGAGAUGCCAUUUGUGACAAAGUCGAGGGUUGCUAACACACCAACCAAAGAAGACGAUCCAUUUUCAAAGAAGUUUGAGAUCCCUACAGCACCUUUAAAUGAACCUGAUGAACAGGUGGGAGGGAUUGGUGAUAUAUUUGAAGUACAGGGAGUUACAAGGAGAGGGGAGGAGGGGACACAGGCGAACCAGUUUGGAGAUAUUGACGAGUCUCAGUUUGUGUCAGCGUCACAGGUCUUCAAUGAUCCAGCAGCUUGGGAGAUGUUGGAAAAACUUGGAGGAGGUUCUAGUGACUCCGGAGAGUCAGCACUUUCCAGGAUGUCAUUGUAUGUUAAGUUUGACCCUCUUGUUGAUGAAGCCCCUAUAAAUCCUAGGAGGAUAAGUAUCCGAGUGUCACAGUUGGAAAAGGUGAAAGAAUAUGGACUGGAUGAAACGUUACUGUUACUGGGAACACCACCUAAAAGGAGACGUCAGUCGUUGGCCAGGAACACUUCAUCAGAAUUGAAGUCGGCGGCAAGCUUUGUUCCACAACCUCCUGUCAAGAAAGCUGAACCUGUUGGUACAACACCUGGAGGAGUUGAUCUUAUUCUUGCAUACAGUCCAGAGAAAAAAGACCAGUUUGAGAUGAAUGUCGAUAAUCAAGAUGCUCCAGUAAUGAAACUGUUUGAGGAUGAGGAUUCAAAUGUAGACUCACAGAAUAUAUUCCAGGAGUUGAAGUACACAGAGGCAGACUUGAAGAAGUUUCAGCGUGAUAACAAGCUGGCCAUGCAAGGAAUUCUCAUCAACAAAGACAAGGAACUGUGUAAGAAAGAGAAACAAUGGGAGAAAGAGAAAGCUGAACUCAUCAAGAAAUGUCAAAAUAUUAAACAAGAUCGUGGUAAACUGGAGCAAGCAUUUUUGGCACUAGAACAGACUGUGUAUGAAAUUGCAGCUUUGAAAGAUGCUGCAGAAAAGAAGGUUGAGAAGAUAGCAGUGGAAAAAGCUCAGGCUGUAGAGGAUAUUCAGGCUGUGGAAACAGCAUUUUCUGACCUUCAUAGGCGAUAUGAAAAAGCAAAGACUAUGGUGAUGUCUAUGAAAAAGAAUGAGGAGACAUUAAAAAAAGCGACAGCUGAUAGUCUGGAGAAACAGAAAACCUUGAACGAGAAGUUACAUGCAGUAGAAAAAUCAGCAGAGGAAAAGCUUGCAGCGAACAAGGCAGAGAUUGAAAAAUUAAUACACCAGCGGGACUCCAUACAGAAUAAAUUUGAUGCUCACAUUAAAAUAACAAACAUCAAAAUAGGAAAUCUGGAGACAGCCAUAGAAAGAAAGACUGUGGAGAAUAAGGAACUAACAGAAAUAUGUGACAAUCUUCUGUCAAAAGUUGAUAAGUGAAAAUCUUGUAUGAUACAACAUGUACAACCAAACAAUACUAGUGACUGACCACUACAUUAACAGUGGGACACUACAUUCACAUGUUUGUUCAGCCUAUGAUUAAACAGUUACCCAGCUCAUCCUCAAUUAAAUCAGAUGUGACCAGUGUUCAUAACCAGGUGAUAGUGCUAGUAUAAAUUUAAUGAUUAGUCUAAGAAUAGGUCUUCAUAUAUUUAGAUGGACAGACAGUAUACUAGUGAAGCCAGGCAACAGUGUAUGAAGUUAAUGCUAAUUAUAACUUUGCCAUGCAACAUAGCUAGUGUAAUGGUGCAAAUUUGACAGUAAUAUAUAACACUAAUCUGUGUCUUGCGUUUUUAUUAUGAUUUAUACAUAAGAUAUAUAAGUACAGCUAUAUUGUGCUUGAUUGUAAUUAUCUGUACUUUUACAAGCAAGUUUUUCUUGCAUGAGUGAAAUGUGUUUGACUUAUAUACAUGUAUAUCUGAGGGUUU